GCUCCAGCCUGUAGGAGGCUCCUGAGGCUCCAGCCCUCCUAGGCUUGGCUCUGUGGAGGGCCUCUAAUUGGUUUUUGGAUGGAAGGACCUAGGAAUGGCCCUGGCGCCAGACUGGUUCCUGCUCCACAAUUGGAAAGGGGACCUCUGGCACUAGGGCUUGACUGGGGGCAUAGGAAGCAAUGAAGGCCAGCCCAAGGUCAGGCUACUGUCCUGUACCUAUUGCUGUUUCAGCAGGGACACCACUAUGGGCUUCUCCUCAGAGCUGUGCAGCCCCCAGGGCCAUGGGGCAGUGCAGCAGAUGCAGGAAGCAGAGCUUCGCCUGUUGGAGGGCAUGCGGAAGUGGAUGGCCCAGAGGGUCAAGAGUGACAGGGAAUAUGCAGGACUUCUUCACCACAUGUCCCUGCAGGACAGCGGAGGCCAGAGCCGGAGUAGCGGCCCUGACAGCCCUGUUAGCCAGUCAUGGGCAGAGAUCACCAGCCAGACAGAAGGUCUGAGCCGGGUGCUACGGCAGCAUGCAGAAGAUCUGAACUCAGGGCCCCUGAGCAAGCUGAGCCUCCUGAUCAGGGAACGGCAGCAGCUGCGCAAGACCUACAGCGAGCAGUGGCAGCAACUGCAGCAGGAGCUCACCAAGACCCACAACCAGGACAUUGAGAAGCUGAAAAGCCAAUAUCGAGCCCUGGCCCGGGACAGUGCCCAGGCCAGGCGUAAAUACCAAGAGGCCAGCAAAGACAAGGACCGUGACAAGGCCAAAGACAAGUAUGUGCGCAGCCUUUGGAAACUCUUUGCCCAUCAUAACCGCUAUGUGCUUGGUGUGCGGGCUGCGCAGCUGCACCACCAGCACCACCACCAGCUCAUGCUGCCUAGCUUGCUGCAGUCGCUGCAGGACCUACAUGAGGAGAUGGUGCACAUCCUGAAGGAGAUUCUACAGGAAUACCUGGAGAUUAGCAGUCUGGUGCAGGAUGAGGUGGUCGCCAUUCACCGGGGGAUGGCUGCAGCUGUUGCCCGCAUCCAGCCGGAGGCUGAGUACCAAGGCUUCCUACGGCAGUAUGGGUCUGCCCCUGACAUCCCACCCUGUGUCACCUUUGAUGAGUCGCUGCUUGAGGAGGGUGAACAGCUGGAGCCUGGGGAGCUGCAACUGAACGAGCUAACUGUGGAGAGUGUGCAACACACACUGACCUCUGUGACAGAUGACCUGGCUGUGGCCACUGAGACUGUGCUGAACCGAAAGGAGGUGGUCAGUCAGCUGCAGCAUGAGCUCCAGAGUGAGGAGCAGAACACUCACCCCCGGGAGCGGGUGCAGCUGCUAGGCAAGAAGCAGGCACUGCAGGAGGCGUUGCAGGGGCUGCAGGUAGCACUGUGUGGCCAAGCCAAGCUACAGGCCCAGCAGGAGCUGCUGCAGACCAAGCUGGAGCAGCUGGGCCCUGGCGAGCCCCCAGCCGUGCUGCUCCUGCAAGAUGACCGCCAUUCCACCUCAUCCUCGGAGCAGGAGCGAGAGGGGGGAAGGACACCUACGCUGGAGAUCCUCAAGAGCCACUUCUCAGGAAUCUUCCGCCCCAAGUUCUCGCUUCCUCCACCGCUACAGCUUGUUCCAGAGGUGCAGAAGCCCCUGCAUGAGCAGCUAUGGUACCAUGGGGCCAUCCCACGGGCAGAGGUGGCUGAGCUGCUGACACACUCUGGGGACUUUCUGGUGCGGGAGAGCCAGGGCAAGCAGGAGUAUGUGCUCUCAGUGCUGUGGGAUGGCCAGCCCCGGCACUUCAUCAUCCAGUCCUUGGACAACCUGUACCGGUUAGAAGGGGAUGGCUUCCCCAGCAUCCCAUUACUCAUUGACCACCUGCUGUGCUCCCGGCAGCCUCUCACCAAGAAGAGCGGUGUUGUCUUGUACAGGCCUGUGCCUAAGGACAAGUGGGUACUAAACCAUGAGGACCUGGUGUUAGGCGAGCAGAUUGGGCGGGGGAACUUCGGUGAAGUAUUCAGCGGACGCCUGAGAGCUGAUAAUACUCUGGUGGCAGUGAAGUCUUGUCGAGAGACACUCCCCCCUGACCUCAAGGCCAAGUUUCUGCAGGAAGCAAGGAUCCUGAAGCAGUACAGCCACCCCAACAUUGUGCGUCUCAUUGGUGUCUGCACCCAGAAGCAGCCCAUCUACAUUGUCAUGGAGCUUGUGCAGGGAGGAGAUUUUCUGACCUUCUUGCGGACAGAGGGAGCCCGCCUGAGGGUGAAGACUCUGCUGCAGAUGGUGGGGGAUGCAGCUGCAGGCAUGGAAUACUUGGAAAGCAAGUGUUGCAUCCACCGGGACUUGGCUGCUCGAAACUGCCUGGUGACAGAGAAGAACGUUCUGAAGAUCAGUGAUUUUGGGAUGUCCCGAGAGGAAGCUGAUGGAAUCUACGCAGCUUCAGGGGGUCUCAGACAAGUCCCUGUGAAGUGGACCGCACCCGAGGCCCUUAACUAUGCUCUCUCAUGCUGCCCACCUCCUCUGCAGGCCGCUACUCCUCUGAGAGUGAUGUGUGGAGCUUUGGCAUCUUGCUCUGGGAGACCUUUAGCCUGGGGGCCUCGCCCUAUCCCAACCUCAGCAAUCAGCAAACACGAGAGUUUGUGGAAACGGGGGGUCGCCUGCCCUGCCCAGAGCUGUGCCCUGAUGCUGUGUUCAGGCUCAUGGAGCAGUGCUGGGCCUAUGAGCCUGGGCAGCGGCCCAGCUUCAGCACCAUCUACCAGGAGCUGCAGAGCAUUCGAAAGCGGCAUCGAUGAGGCUGGGACCCCCUUCUCAAGCCAGUGGCUUCUUCAGGCAAGAGUGUAUCUCCUCGGCAGCUCCCGUUCACACUGUUGAACAGCUCUCCAUGUUCUUGCACUCCAGUCACCAGCAGCUGUGCUGUGAAAAGUAUGCAGCCCUGUGUUGGCUCUGUGUCCCUGCUCUUGCCAGGGCUUCCUCUCCCAGGAAGAAAUAAUAAAACCACUUUUAUCCAUCCAG